AUGAGUGCUGAACGUCAACAAAAACACGUACCAGGUGACACUGGUCAAGGUGCUGCAUCUACAUCUCGGAUCAGCUCCCUUCAGAAUCCAGAGAAACAUGGUGUUCCAUACGGAUCAGCCCCAGAUAUCACAUCCUCUGGUGUAUAUAAGACUUUGCCCCCGAAAGGGAGGGUCCAACAUGCCCGAACAAAAAAUGCAUCCCGCCUGCCCCGUCCAAAACCUGGCAGGGUGCGGGAGAUGGGACGCUAUGAAGGGAUGCAGAAGAAAAGGAACCUCCCAAACAUGAGAAGUGCUACACCUGAUGGGAGGGGUAUGAUGAUGGAGAAGGAGAUGAUGGAAAGCCAAAACAGAAAGCUUCAAAUGGAAAUCUCCACUCUACAGACAGAAAAUAAACUUCUUAAAGACAAAUACAACAGGGCUUCAACAAAAAUCAGCCACUUAGAAGAACAGUUAUCAGAAUCAAAGGAACAAAUAGAAAUUCUCCAUGGAAGCCUGAAUCAGGAACUCUCCGAGGUGGAGAGGAGGAAUAAGUCCCAGGCCAGUCAAGAAGUGGAUCUAUUACAGACAAAAAUCCUGACACUUACCAAGGAAAACCAAACUAUGAAGAAUGAGGUUUUGUCCUUGGAAAAACAGCUUGAAUCUGCUCACAAGAAUAUGGACAGGGCCCUGCUUAACUCAGAGAAAAACCGAACACUUGAUGCUCAUAAGUUGGAAAUCGCAACCCUGAAGGAUGAAGUCACCCGUGUCAAGUCAUUGUUAGAGCAGAGUGAGCGCCACCUACAGGAAGAGGACUCUCGUUCAAAGGAACUCAGUCAGCAGGUCAUUAAACUGACUGAGAUGAAAAACCUGCUGCAGCAGCAAAUUGAGAUGGGAGGAGGUGGAGCUACAGCAACUGACAAACAGAUCAAGUCACUGGAGAAACGACUUCGAAUUACUGAAGAACGGCUACACCAGGAGCGGGCUGACCGGGCUAAUAAUUUGUCACAGGUUGAGGACAAACUCCUCACAGAGAAUGCACGCCUACAGGCCACAGAAAAAGAGUUAAAUAGGCAGCUCCACCGUGAGAAAGAUAAGAACCGCAAUCUUGAGAAUAAAAUCAAGGAUACUCGCGAGGACAAUGAACGUCUGCGUUUGUCCCUCCCUUUUGAUGAAGCAGCCCUAACAACACAGAAGAGCUAUGACAUUCCAUAUGGUGUACAUGCAUCACAGCGCCAGGAAACUGUCAAGAAGGACUACCGACAAAUUCUCUCACAGCUUGAGACUGAGGCAGGAUUAAAGGCAGGACAGGAAAAAGACAUGAUCUGUCAGUUGUGGAACACACGGCAACAGACAUAUCACCAACUAAGACAACUGGAGAUUACCCUCCAGGCACUGAACCUCAGGGAUAACAACAUAGCUGAGGGGCUCAAGAACUUAAGAGAUGUGAAAAGUCAUGCCGACGCACAGCUGAAACAACUACAAGAACAAUUGGAGGAUGUGAAGUUGGAGAAGGAAACCCAGGAAACAACGUACAAGGAACAACUGACUCUGCUGGUGAAUGAACGCCAUGAUGCCUUUGCUCGCUUGAAGACUGCCGAAGAUUUGAUGGAGGCUAUUCGCGGUGAGAAUGAGAUACUGAAAGCCAGUCUGUCUGGAGGUGGUGCAUCAAGUCUCGGAGCUUCCCUUAGUCUUGCCACCAAUGGGCGUAUUGAAGCUCUGCAGGCUCAGACAAAGGACUUAGAGAGCCAGGUCCAACAGGUGACUAGGAAUAAUCACCUGUUAAAUGGUGAGCUGUCCACACUGCGAAUACAGCUAGAGGCGAGAGACAAGGCACUGGAGGAUGCUCAAAGUGAGUUAGAUCUGGCACGCUCACACCUAACAGGGGAUGGUUAUGAGGACCGCAAACAGGAUAAGAUCGACAAACUCUCAUUACAGAUAAAUGAACAUCAGGCUGAAAUCAAGCUCCUUCAUGAUAAGGUUGCAUCCUUAAACACAGAAAAGUCCAGGCUAGAGAGAGAUCUGGAGGCUUCCUUCAGAGAGGUCAGCCUAGCCAAGGCCAAGGUCAAGGAAACCAAACAUGGGGAAAUGACUGACAAUAAGCAGUCACAGAUGUUACGAGAGGAGCUGGAAGAGAGAGACAGAAGACUUGGCAAAUUGAGUCAGGAGUAUGAUGCUCUGGAAGCAGAGCUGCAGACAGCGCGUCAAGAUCUUUAUGCUGAACAGAUCCAGUCACAGGACUUUGAAGCGCAGAUUGAAAGUUACCAGAGUCAGAUAGAACAGAGAGGCCAGAUCCUGGACACCCUUAGUGGAACAGAGAAAGAACAGCUUGCUCAGUUCCAGAUCCUAAAGGAGACACUGGACUCUGUCAGUCAGGAGCUCAACCAGAAAUGUGCUGAGAUGAAGGUGUUAAAUCUUGAGAUGAGCAAGGAGAAGGACAGAUAUGAGUAUAUGGAGAAAGAACUGACCACUUUGAAGAGGGACAAUCCAUUGAAGGUUGACGAUCAGGCAGGGGAGACAAGUCUUCCAAGCCACAUGCUUCAGAUCCGUGAACUCGAGACAGAAAGAGACCACCUGAAGAUUGAGCUUAUCGAGAUGACUGAUGCAUUAAAACAAGCCACUGAAGAAAAUGGUAAUCUUGACAAGGCCAUUAAACAGAUGGAGCAAGAACUGAUGAAUGAGAAGUCGUCUCACCUACAGACUAGUGCAGAGAGAGGAGAGCUCGAGCAGCAUUUAGAGGAAAUUGCAGAGGAGCAUGAUGCUCUGUCCCAAGAGCGAGAUCAAAGUGAGGAAGAUAUUGUUAGACUCGAGACCAAUCUCAAGGAUAUUGUACACAAGUUUGAAAUGGAAGCUCGUAAAAAUCAUGAAAACUUUGCCUCCAAGUAUCCACAAGUACCUGCUGAGGCUCUCAAGAUGGCUGGGGAACUAGAUAGCUUGAGGGUUCUGAUGGAUGCAAAACACAAGGAACAUGAAAUGUUGAAUGAUAAAAUCAGUCGACAACAAGUGGAGAUGGACUUCCUCAACAGACGAGUUGAACUACUACAUAACGAGAACCAGUGUAACAGGGACGAUAUUGCACGACUCACUUCCGAAGUGUCAGCCAAGAUAAAGGAAGGGGUGGCUAAUAGGGAAAUGAACCAGUUCCUAGUGAAGGAGAGAGCAAGACUUCAGAAGGAGAAUGCCCAGCUCAGUGCGAGCGUGGAGAAAGAGAAAGGCAUCAAGGAGCGGCGACGAGCCGAGAUCGCAGACGUCAUGAGGAAGGUGGAGAGGACUGAGGAAUCCACUAAAACAACAUCCCGAGAGGUGCUACAGAAGGAAGCCAUUAUCGCCAAUCUGGAAGCAGAGCUUGGCCAGACCAGACAGAAUUGUCAGUCGUUAGAACUGGACAGGUCCCAGUUACUUGGAAAGUUAGACAACCUACAGCAGGAUGUAGACAAUAAAGCAGUCCUUACCUCGACUCUCGAGACUCACCUGGAAACAGAAAGGGGGCGGCUGGAGGAAGAGAAGUCAAAUGCGGCCAAAAAACAAGAUGAGCUUGUAUCUACAUGUCAUGAGCUUGAACGACUUAGACAUGAACACGGAUUGUUGUUGAACAACCUUAAUCAUGAAAAACAAACCGUGGACAAUUUGAAAGGAUCUCUGGAUGUCCAGCAGCAGUCAUGUGCUGAGUUACAAGAUCAGGUGAAUGUUCUGACAAAGGAGUUAGAGUCCACCCAGAGUCAGCUGACCACUAGUAGGGAAACUGUUGAAGGUCUUAAACAGGACAAGGGUGCCAUCUACCAAGAAUAUGAUGCUAUGAUCAAACGACUUAGUGAAAGGGACCAAACGAUUGCUGAACUACAGAACAAAUGUGACCGCACGGAGCAGCAAAUGCAGAAGGAACUGACACUUCAGAAACACAGUCUGGAGAGGGAAAACUCAUCAACUGAACGAGAUCUCGAAGUCACGAGGGAAAAAGUGGAGUUGGAUGGUAAGCUGAGGCACAUGGAGAGUACAGUUGGUGACACAGAUCUGUUGACACAAGGUCUUCGCAAGGAAACCAUUACUCUACAGGAAACGAUUGCCAGACAACAGGAAAGUCUCUCCACUCUUCAGUUGGAGCACUCAACAAUGCGGGAUAAAAUGCGAAUACAGGAGGAAAAAUUGACAGAUCAGAUCCUUGUCCUGGAAAAGACGAACAAUGAUCUGCGGAACCAGUAUGACGGGGAAAAGUCUUACCUUAAAGACAAUCUGAUGCAGACACAGUCUAGAGUUGCAUCUGUUGAAUCAAGCCUUGCGUCAGCCAUUGACAGUCGCGACAAACUUCAGGUCAGCAAUAGAAUGCAGGAGAGAUCACUAGAGGAGACUAAAGAACGCCUUCAGGAGGAGAUCACUUGUCGAAAGGUAGCAGAGCAGAGGGCAGAGUCACUGCAAUCCCAGCUUCAUGAGCUACGAAAGGAUAAGUUUUUAUCUGAAGAAAAAUUGAAUCAGAUGAACACAGAUUUGACCAAGACAGAACAGAUGAUGAAAACGGAGAAGGACCGGGCCAAACGUCUGUUGGACCAGCAACAGGAACUGGAGGCCACAGUUUAUACACAAGAGUCAACAGCACAGGCUAAACAGGAACAGAUUGACCUUCAACAGGAAUAUGAGAUUGAUGAAGAGGUCCUACAACAGCUUGUCUCAGUGAAUGAAAUGAGUAAACUUCGACAGAUACUGGAGAGCCAGAAACAACAGCUGAAUGCCAAGUUGAAGAAAACUACAACAGAGCUAAAACAACAGAUUGAGAUUAUAGAGGAGGAUCGUGUCCGAGUUAUCCAGCAGAAUCAGUCAUUGUCUGCCGAUGUGGAGAGAGCCAGGGACCAGCUAGCCAUGAAAAACAAGGAAAAUCUGCGGCUUCAGGAGACAAUUUUAGGUCAAGAAGAUCAGCUCAGGGAACACACUCUCCAACUUCGUCGUGCUGAGGACGCUCGUAAAGCUGAGGAGGAGCUUCAAUCAAAACUCUCUUCCAAAUUUGUUGCUCAAGAAGAGGAACUGAAGAGAAUGAAAAUUUACUUGUCCAAGAAGGCAGAAGAAGCAGGAGACAAUGAGAAAUCUAUGUGGAUGGACCUGAACCGUUUGAUUCAAGACAUGAACCGCCAGCUCCACGAACACAUGGAGUCCCAGAAAUCUGGUGGACAUGACUCUAAAGACCGGGAUGUGAAGCAACUGAGCAAGUACAAGAAACGAGUCAUAGAUCUCGAGUCUGAGUUGAGUACAGAGAAAGCAGUUCACCAGAUAACAAAAUCAUCACUUCAGGCACUUGAGGAGGACAACCAGAGAUUGCGACACCAGUAUCAUGCCAUGCGGCGCAGAGACAAUGUUACCUCUGACAAGAAAUACAAAUCACGGAUGGAAGCUAUCAACGAGAUCAUUGCUAAGUCACAAACCCAAGCCCAGGCCAUGUUAGCAGCCAGCGGUUACUACGACGACCCACAGAAAAGUCUGUACUCCCCAAGGACAGACUACAGGGGCUCCCCGGACAAUUCCCUUGCCAGUGACAUGUCCUUCAACAGCACUGGCCCAAUAGUGAUUCCUCCUUAUACAGGAUCCUCUCCUACCAAGGUCACAGCUGGGGCAAUGUCUCCAAGGAAAUAGAUACUGAAAUACACGUGUGUGCGAUUCAUUUUUAUGCAAAUUACAAAUGGCAAAUACAAGAAAGAUAAAUUUGAUACAGGUCCUUCAGUGGUGUUCCAGGAUCAUUGAGUCAAAUUAUUUGUACACAUCAAAGUUACAUGUGAUUACAAGAGGACAUGUGUAUUCGAUGUUCCAUCACCCUAUCAUAUGCAAUGCAGAUGCUUUAAAAACAACAAGUAAUGUAUGUCAUGAAUUUGGUACAAAUGAAUAGGUUUUUUAUGUAAAAAGGAGAUUUUUCUGUAUGUGUGGAAACUUGAUUUAUUUCACUCAGACACUCAAUCAUCCCAUAAUCUAACGUAUACCUCCUUGAUUUUAAAACUUGCCUGAUCUGUAUUACAUACUAUUGUGAUAUAAUCUGCUUCACAGUCUAUCUUCCUGUAUCAGCUGUCAGAAUGAGAUCAUGCAGAUAAUUAACUGUUUUUUAUUAGCGAUUUAAAUCACAUGUCCUACCUAAAUUUGGUGUUCGGAAGAAAGGCCAGUUUGCAUUUAACAUUAAUUGGAUACUUAAAUCCUUGAACAUCAAUAUAUAUAUAUAGACUUAUGUCUUCCUUUUUUUUAUGUGUUCCUCUGUUAACACGGAUAUACUAAUCACUGUGAUGUCAUCGUUUUAUAUCUUUAUCAUUUGUAUACUUCUGACUCAAUUUAAUUUACGAGUACAGCACAGUCAGAGAUCAUGAAGAGUUCUAUAUUUAGAAAAGUUUUAUGAUAUACAUUUUAGUAUUAAUGUUCACAUUAUAUAUUUAAGAGAUAUACACAUUCAGCAUGUGUAGUUUAUAUAAUUAUACAUCUUUCAGUCAUAGUUUACAUUCCAUUUUAGUUGUGUCCUGCUGUCCUGCUCAUAUAAAGCAUUCCAUAGUGUCCAUCUUGGCACCACUCUAAGUCUUUUCCACAAUUUUAAAUUUAGUAUACAUAAACUACUAUGCAUUAUUUAUUGUUCUGUCAUAACUCA